AGAGAGUGAAUGCGGCCGCUCAGGGUGAGCAUCCACCGGGCAGAGAGCUCCGCAGCACCGGGAGGAGCACCGGGAGGAGCACCGGGAGGGGAGCACCGGGCCGGGGUCAUGGAUCUGUCCGUCCUGCUGCCCGCGGUCAUCUUCACGCUGCUCGCCAUCGUGGUCUUCACGUCUCUCUUUAACGGAUCCUCCUCCUCCUCCUCCUCCUCCACCUCCUCCACCUCCUCCUCCACCUUUACACGUUACCUGGGACUCGGAGGAGCAUCAGAGGAACCGGUGCAGAACGGACACUUACCGGAGAAGAUGAAGAUGAAGGUGAAGGUGAAGGACUGGUGUGAGACCAGUGGCAGCGAACACGACCACUGGGAGCUGGUGAAGGCUGUGCUCUCAGAGGAGGCACAUCCCCGUCAUUACACUGAAGAACUGGCAACACCAGUUGAGCGUUCCUCCUCCACAUCCAGCCUGUCCGUGCCCAGGCCUGGAUCCAGGCGCAUGAGCUUAGAGGCGGACUCGUUGUCCGAGGCGUCGUCGGUGAACAGUCGUAGGUCGUUCAUUGGGCUCUCUGAUAAGCAGCUCCUAAAGUGUGCUUUCUCAUACCCGCAGACUGAAGGAGCCAUAGAGAGCCCGGAGAGCAACGAUAAAGAGGAAUCAAAUGCAAACGAUUCCUUGAAGUACGUCCCUGGAAAGGCGCGAUCCCACCACCUGCAAAUGAUGAUGUCCACGGAGGAGCUGGAGGAGGAGCGGAGGGUGCAACGUGAGCAGCUGGCCGCCAUCUUCCAGCUGCUGAAAGAAAACCAGGAGACGUUUGGGGAUGUGUCUGAUGGAGAGAUGGAGGAGCAGCUCAGACUCUACUCCAUCUGAGACUAAGACCUCUCAA